AUGAAAAGCGAGCAGGGCGGUGGAAGGUGGCCCGGGGUGGAGUCAGCAGCUCCACAUUUGGACUUCUUCCCUGCGCUUUGGCUCACUCAUACUAGCUGCUUCCCAGCAGACCGUGGAAUGAACACAGGCGACAUUUGGUGAUAUUUCUCAGACAUUUCAUUCCUCAGUGUGUCGGCAGAAGACAAGAGACGGAAGUAUGGGGGUUUAUGAGGAGAAAAAGGAAACCUGUGGCACCAUCUGCCUGAAAUACCUUCUGUUUACAUUCAACUUUCUCUUUUGGUUGGCAGGAGGAGUUGUGAUAGGGGUGGGUGUUUGGACCUUAGCAGAGAAGAGCGACUACAUCAGCCUUCUCUCUUCCAAGACCUAUGCUGCCUCUGCCUACAUACUGGUCCUGGCUGGAGUCAUCGUCAUGGUAACUGGCGUGCUGGGAUGCUGUGCCACUUUCAAGGAGCAGAAAAAGCUACUGCGAGUGUACUUUGUCCUGCUUUUAUGUAUCUUCCUGUUGGAGAUCCUUGCUGGUGUCCUGGCUUGUGUCUACUAUCAGCAGUUAAAUGAGGAGCUAAAGCAGAAUCUGAAGAACACCAUGGUCAAGAAGUAUGGAGAAGAGAAAGAGAAUGAACAGAUCACCAGAGCUGUAGACAAGCUGCAGCAAGAGUUUAAGUGCUGUGGGAGCCACAACUCAUCUGACUGGGCAGAGAGCACGUGGAUUCGCUCAGUCUAUUCACAAGGCCGGGUCGUCCCUGACAGCUGCUGUAAGACUGAAGUAGAGUUCUGCGGCAGAAGGAACCACCCCUCCAACAUCUACAAGGUGGAGGGGGGCUGCAUCACUAAACUGGAGAAUUUCAUCCUGGACCACCUGAAGAUUAUUGGAGCUGUGGGCAUUGGGGUUGCUUGUGUACAGAUCUUUGGAAUGGUGUUUACGUGCUGCCUUUAUCGAAACCUGAAGGCAGAGCCAUAUUAAAAGAAGCAGAAGAAGAAAAGAGUGUGGGUGAAGGAGUGACCUCAUCAUGACAAGCUCAUACUUGGAUGCUUCACAGGUUCUUUCGUUGUCUCGUUCAUUGUGGUAGAAAAAAAUGAUGAGGAAUCUAAUUGCACAUCCAAGGAUCUUAUUUCAGAAAAUAAAGGAUGAAAAAAGAUUACAAGGUUUUUUUUAAAGUAAUUAGGCCCUUGGAUUGCAAUCUCAGCUACAUCUUCAAGAUCACAGCGCGACAAGAAAAGGCCUCAACGAGGAGCUGAUGGGAGUUUUAACAGUGAUUGUUUAAAUUAGUGUAGAAUAGCCUCUUUGGGACUAAGCAUUCUAGUUUUCUCCUGCUCUGGCUCCAACGAUGAAUAAACCAGUUGGUACUCCAGGGAAAAUAGUAAAAAUCAGUAAAAAAAAGUGUCACUUCGAAGAAAGUGUUCUUCCUGUUCAUACCAGAUUUAUCUUCUAAGUUUGGAGCAACAUUUUAAUUUCAGCAAGCCCACAGCAACCAUAAAGUUCUACAUUUCAAGA